AUCUGAGAGACAACAAAGAGAUUUUUCUUCCUUUUCUAAGAUCACGAGUCAAGUGGCACGCCUCAUCAACUCUACCGUAUCUGGGUUGAAAUAGACGUUGAUGUCUUUGACAGAUCAGGAUUCUGGCCACCAAUAAGAUGAAUUAGGAUUCUGCAAAGAUAAUUUCUAGACAAAGCUCCUCUGCUUUAAUCCCUGAUUGACCAAGCUCCAUCCGAUAAUUAACAACAAAUCAUGGCUCUACUAGCUUCACCACCCAAUGCCGGCUUCAAUCCUUCUUCUCCUAUCGUCCGUACAAAAAGAUCGCCAAGACUUGGCUCCAGCGUCCUCAAUGCAGCAGGAGUCGAGAGUUCGGAGCAGAAUCCAUUGAUAUCUGAAACUUCUAGUCGAAAGAGGAGGGGAGCUGUGGGCGUCGCCCGUGCGGUUGCAUCUGAAAAUUUGGGCGGUGGGCACCAAAUUCUGCUGUCGGAUGUGGUGGUGAAGCAGGGGAGGAGGGUUUACUUGGGACGAAAAUGGAAUUCUCUGGAUAUGGCGACGGCCGGGGUGGUUCUGUUCAUGCAUCUACUGUGCUUAUUUGCGCUAUUUACCUUCAACUGGAGAGCAUUUUGGGUGGCUGUAUCGCUCUAUGUGUUGACUGGGCUGUUUGGGAUUACUCUCUCAUUUCAUAGAAACCUUACGCACAGGAGCUUCAAGAUCCCUAGAUGGCUUGAAUACUUCUUCGCCUAUUGUGGGGUUCAAGCACUUCGGGGGAGCCCAAUGGAUUGGGUAAGCACACACAGGUAUCAUCACCAGUUCUGCGAUUCAGAUCGAGACCCACACAGCCCCAUUGAAGGGUUUUGGUUCAGUCACAUAAGUUGGCUUUUUGACCAUGAUUCUGUUAUUGAAAGGUGCGGAGAGCCCAAUAAUGUAGCGGAUUUACAGAAGCAACCCUUCUACAGGUUCCUGAGAAGCACUUACAUUGCUCACCCGAUAGCACUUGGGGCUCUUCUCUAUGCAUUGGGAGGCUUUCCUUUCUUUGUCUGGGGCAUGGGUGUGAGAAUUGUAUGGGUCUACCAUAUCACCUGGCUAGUGAACUCAGCAUGUCACGUCUGGGGACGUCAAGCAUGGAACACUGGGGAUCUAUCCAGGAACAACUGGUGGGUAGCUUUGCUUGCAUUUGGAGAGGGUUGGCACAACAAUCAUCAUGCCUUUGAGUACUCAGCUCGGCAUGGACUGGACUGGUGGGAGCUCGACAUGACUUGGUGUGUAGUGAGACUACUUCAAGCUGUUGGAUUGGCUACAGAUGUGAAGGUUCCCUCUGAGACUCACAAGCAAAGGAUGGCUUUCCACAAUUAAACUAUCACUGCAUGAGUCUCAUCUCUGGGUUUUUCUUUUUUAUAUUUCACUUGGAUUACUGGUUCUAAGAAAAUAGAUUACUAUAAACAAUUGCAAUUUCUUGACGAAAUAUUUCAGGUUUACAAAUUUUACCAAA